UGCAAACACCUGGCGUGUGAGGCUGCGGCGGACCGAGCUGUGCUGGGCUCUGAUGGGCCAGGGACAGCUGGCUGCUGGCGAGACGGGGCUUGGGGACAUGCCGGCCACCAGCUGACCGCAUGAGAGCCCUUUGGACAGAUGCCCUGCGGGAGCAGAGAUGGAUAUGCAGCCUCGACAGCCGCGCUGAUGGAGUAUGGAGACGGGGGAGCACUGACGGCCCAGCGAGGCACCUGGAUUAACAUGGCCAGAGCCCCACCUACCACCAACGCCUUCCCCAACUCGUCCUUCCCGCCCGUCACUCCCCCGCCCUGCCCGGGGGCAUCGAACGGGAGCUUGCCCGGCCUGGACGUGCCCUACUUCCUGACGGAGACCGUCACAGCGGUGCUGUCCGUCGCGGGCAACCUCUUCAUUUGCACUGUCAUCCUGCGGGACAGGAAGCUGCGCGCCGUGGUGACCAACCACUUCCUGGUCUCGCUGGCCGCGGCCGACAUCCUGGUGGGGGCCGUGGCCAUCCCCUGCGCCCAGAUGGCGGAUGCGGGGCUGCCGCGGGGCCGGCCGACUCUGUGCUUGCUGAUGCUCUGCACCCUGCUGAUCUUCACGCAGGCCUCGGUCUUCGGCCUGCUGGCCAUUGCAGUGGAGCGGUACAUCUCCAUCCUCAAGCCCUUCCAGUACCCAUCCCUCAUGAGCCCCCAGAACUCGCUCCUAGUCAUCCUGAGCAGCUGGGUGCUGGCCACCUUCAUUGGGGCACUGCCCCUCAUGGGCUGGCAUAAACCCUUCCCGCCCGACGGCCAGUGCAAAUUCAACGCCUUCAUCGAGGACACCUUCGAGGUCUAUUUUAAGUUCAUGGCCUGCAUGCUGGUGCCGCUGGCCAUCAUGCUGGUCCUCUACGGCCGUAUCUUCCUGGAGGCCAAGCGGCAGAUCCGCAAGGUGGCCGAGCGGGAGGUUGAGGUGAGCCGGCAGGCCCGACGCCGCCGUGUCCUGCACAAGGAGCUGCGGCUGGCCACCUCGCUCUUCAUCAUCCUCUUCUGCUUCGCCUUCUGCUGGCUGCCCCUCCACGUCAUCAACACCCUCCAGCUCGUCUGCCCCGGCUGCCCCAUCCCCAGCCCGCUCGUGCUGGCGACCAUCGUCCUGUCCCACGCCAACUCCGCCAUCAACCCCGUGGUGUACGUCUUCCGCAUGCGCUCCUUCCGCCAGGCCUUCACGGCCACCUUCCCCUGCACAUGGCACCCUCUGCCCGCCUCCGCCCCAGGCAAGUUCUCCGCCUCCGGACUCACGCCGUCCAACAGGCUGGAGCUGGCCAGCCACAACAGCCCCCUACCAGGGAAGUGACGUGGGUUGGUGGCCCACGGGAUUGGCCCCCCUGGGACUCCCGGAGCCUCUUUCAUACCUAGAGGGUCACCGCUGAGCUAAGACUAUCACUGGUCCCUAGGGGGAGUAGGACCCCCCCACCCUGCGGCCCCCCGGGCUAGGGACAGGAGAGAUGGGAGAAGAACCCAGGAGUCCUGGCUCCCAGUCCCCUCACUUUAACCCACUAGACCAGCGGUUCUCAAACUGUGGAUCAUGACCCAUGCCUUGGAUGGGGUCGCCAGGGCUGGCUUAGACUGGCUGGGGCCCGGGGCCGAAGCCAAAGCCCGAGGGCUGCAGGACGCAGGUUGCAUGCCCCCUGCCUGGGGCUAAAGCCCUUGAGCUUCAGCUUUGGGCCCCUGCCCAGAGCAGUGGGGCUCGGGCUUUGGCCCCCACCCCACCCUGGGGCAGUGGAGCUCGGGCGGGCUCAGGCUUCGGUCCCCUCUCCCGGGGUCGUGAAGUGAUUUUGUUGUCAGAAGGGGGUCGCGGUGCAAUGAAGUUUGAGAACCCCGACACUAGACCACGGGUGGCAGGUAUAAGAGGCCGGGGGGGGCUAAGCCUCCCCUAAACAGGAUGCAGUGCCCCUCCCUCUGGAGGCGCGCUGGCCCACCCCCUUUGGAGUGCUGCCCCCGAAAGGGCUCCCAUGCUUCGCCCUGAGGCCCCGCCCCCACUCAGCCUCUUCCCCCAUGGCCCCGCCCAUGUUGCU